AUGGAAUUUCAAGGAGAUUUAGAGCACUUUCUUGAUAUAUGCGAUCUUACUUUCUCUGAGUUAUAUUCUGAAGAAACAGAUGAGAAUAUUUAUUUUGAAGAAAUAGAAAAUUUUCAAUUAGAUGACUCAAGUGCUAAAGAUAUUACAGGUGAAGAAUCUAAAGACAUUAUGAAAAUUUCUGAAACAGCUGUAAAUGAUCAUAUUGAAAGGCUCCAACAAUGUGAAGCACUAGCUGUUAAAAAAUAUACUCGAAAAUGGGCUGAUAGAAAAAUAACUGUUAGUUAUAAACAAAAUGAUGUUGUUCUUCUUCUAUUCUAUUAUUUUUAUAAUCAUCUUCAUGCUGCUUAUAAUUCAUUGCAUCCUGAAAAGCUUAUUAAAAGUCAUAUAACUUUUCAAAAAAUUUGGAAAAAUGACACUAAGCUUAGUAAGAUAUUAAUUAAAAAACCAUCCAAGGACGUUUGUGAUGAAUGUAUUCUAUAUAAACGUGCAUUAAAAGAAAGUGUUAAUGAUACAGAUAAAAAUAUUGAUACACAAUUAAUAGCACAUAUAUCAGACUAUCAGGAAAUGAAAGAUAUAUUUGGUAAUACUAAGCGUAUGUAUGCCAAAUUGGAAGCUUGGUGUAUUGAUCAUAUAAUUGAUAUUAUAAAAAAAAGUGCAAGUAAUAAUAUUCCUAUAAAUUUUGAGAAGCAAAAAGAGUUUAAUUGUGAAAGGCCUGGCAUAAUAAGGGCUAAAAUAAGAGUUAAUGAUCCUUGGGACGAAUUUCAACUGUUAAAAAAAAAAGCUGAUCCACAUAGUCUAAAUCCUUGGACUAUUCGAGAACUUCUACCAAGAGGUCUUUCAGAGGAAAAACAAGUAGAUCUUUGGAAAAAGAUUCGUGAAUAUUGUCCAACUGAAUUUCAAGAUAAACUUUGA